GGCCAUUUCCCCAUAGCAGGAAACAGAACUGUCUGAGCGUAAUGACAACUACACAUUAAUUUCAUGCCAAACUUUCUAGUUUACAAACAUGUCCUCACCCCAUACUCUAAGAGUUUUAACAUCUACUGGUGGGCUUCCAAUGUGGAUGAUGCUUCUUCACCUCUACAUAAGCUAUGUUGUUGCAGAAGACAUCAGAGUAGUUGGACGUGUAGGAAACUCCAUAUUCCUUCACCCUAAAAUGCACUUACACGCCAAGAUCUCUGACAUAAGAUGGAAACAUGAUAAUACAGAUAUGUUAAUAGCUAGAAAUGGUACGCUUGUUAAUUUAAUGGAUAGGUGUGAGAUCUUUCUAAAUGGUUCACUGAAGUUUCAAGAAGGACUGACAAGAGACAGUGGAAAUUAUACUGUUGAACAAUACAGUGAAAAUGGAGGCCGUUUAUCCGAGCGGCACAUUGAGCUCAGUAUUCUAGAACCUGUUUCCAAACCAAAGGUGAGAACCUCCUGUACUUUUGAUGGGAGAGUUGUUCUGACCUGCUCUGUUGAUAAAGGAGACAGAGUUGUGAUGAUCUGGACCGAGCAGCCAUUUGCCUGGACAGGGUCCAAUCAGACCCUGAGCUCAGGUCCUGUUCUAUUCCUGGACAGCCAUACGCCUGGAAACCUGACCUGUGUGGCAAUGAACGAAAUAAGUGAGGAAGGCUUCAGCCCAGUUGUCCCAACAUGCAGAGGUCACAGGUCAGCUGUGGCUGCAUUUGGUCUCUUUGCAUUUGCACUGACGACACUGGCCGUCGCCAUUCUACAUUUGAAGAAGAGGCGUCAGAAAAAGAGAAAAGGUCAAAGUCAGACUGAAUAAUUCUGCAGACCUCUUGCAUCUGCUUCCAGCCAGAGAAAGAGACGACUAUCACUGGAGUUGAAUGAUAUCUAUGUAUGAAGAACAAUGUGUUAAUGGCAUUUCAAUAGCAUCGAUUUGUUUUCCAAUGUGAAGUAUGCACCUACGCACCAUAAUUACUGAUCAGUUUUUACAAUUCAUUAUGGUGUAUUUCUGCGAUAGAUGUAAUUUUAUUGCAUAGUCGUAGAGCCUAGAGAAGCGACAUAUAGGGCAUUAUUUCACCUGUAUUUUGAUAUUGUAUCAUACCCGUACUGACUUCAUUAUCAGACUGGACCACUAGGUGGAAGCAUUACAGUAUGAUAAAGAAACAGGGUGACGAGAGGUGAGAAGAAACAUCACAGGAUUACUGUCAUUACAUCAAUAGUUUGUUUCAAAACAUAUGGACGCUGCUGGGACGACUGUAAAUUAUUCAAUUUCAAACUGUUCUAGUUAUUCUUGUCUAAUGUUUGUUUAACUUCAAAAUGUCCAGAUAAAAGACUCCUGAGUGGCACAGCGGUCUAAGGCACUGUUUCUCAGUGCUAGAGGUGUCACUACAGACCCUGGUUUGAUUCCAGGCUGUAUCACAUCCGGCUGUUAUUGGGAGUCCCAUAGGGUGGUGCACAAUUGGCACAGCCUUGUCUGGGUUAGGAUUUGGCCGGGGUAGGCCGUCAUUGUAAAUAAGAAUUUGUUCUUAACUGACUUUUCUAGAUACAUAAAUAGUAUAGCCAGGGUUCUCUAUUUCUGGAUAGCUACCCUCCUGUAGGUUUUCAAUCCAAAUCUCACUUAGCACACCUGAUUCUACUAAUUAGUUGGUUGAUAAUCAGAAUCAGGUUAGUUACAACUGGGGUUGGAGUGGAAACCUACAGGAAGGUAGCUAGCUCUCCAGUAACAGGGUUGGAGUGGCAACCUACAGAAGGGUAGCUAGCUCUCCAGUAACAGGGUUGGAGUGGAAACCUACAGGAAGGUAGCUAGCUCUCCAGUAACAGGGUUGGAGUGGAAA